AUGGACGCCUACAAGAUCAUCGAGACCCCAAUUGCCUCUGAGACUGCCAUCAAGAAGGUUGAGGACGGUAACACCUUGGUUUUCCAAGUUAGCUUGAAGGCUAACAAGCACCAAAUCAAGGCUGCUGUCAAGGAGUUGUACGAGGUUGACGUUGAGAAGAUCAACACUUUGAUCAGACCAAACGGUACCAAGAAGGCUUACAUCAGAUUGACCGCUGACCAUGACGCUUUGGACGUUGCCAACAGAAUUGGUUACGUGUAA